CAGCUCACUGAGUCAGGCUGAUCUGAAGCGGCUCUCCAGCUACCUUAAGACCUGCUAAUACCUGACAUCCAGUCCCGAAGCUUAACCAAACGGCCGCAGUUGCUACGUUCUCCUCAGUGAGUGAGAAAGAAGAAAGAUGAAACAGAACUACUUGGUCAACCAAAGGAAAGCACUGGUGGUGAUAUGCAUCACUGUGCUGAUACUGGCCCAGCAGGCGCUCACAGGCCCGUUAGUCUUGCAGGUCCAGUCCAGCUCUGACCAGAGGGCAAAUUCAAGGGGGGAACGCACUGUGCACACAUUGAGAAGAGUGGCUCGAAUGACCCCGCUGUGGAGGAUCAUGAGUAGCAAACCAUCUGGAGCUUUCUGCCAAAACGACUUUGAAUGUGUCACAGGACUGUGCAAACAGGGCUACUGCUCAGUGAAACAGCGUUCUCCUUCAGAGCCUAUGAAGUAUUAGAGGGCAAGCCAGCACGUUCAACCAGGAUCCUGAUGAGCUCUCAUUACCAACAUCAACUUUUAGUACAGGUUUUUUCUAUCCACCAAUGUAAUACCAGCAUAAGUACAUUAUUAUCUCUGUUCUGUAAUUGCACAUACAACCAUAUUUAUCUGUUGUUUAAAAAAACGGAAACAUCUUUGCUGAUAAGGAUUUAAGUCCCAGUGGACAAGGCCUUCAGACUGAGUCCAGGAGUGCUGAGGUGUUAUCUGGUAUUUAAACAGCCUGAUAACGUGUUAUUAAUAGUUCCCAUUUACCGAUAUGAUAUUACAGUGACUAUCUGAAGCUACAACAGACUGGACUCUGUUGACCUCCAAAAUAUAUUUUUUUAAAUCUCAGGUGAAACAUGUGGCUUUAUGAAAUAAGUAGUUUUAAUUUUUAUUUUUAACAUAAGAGGAAGAGUAAGUACCGAAACAAGUCACAAAUAAGUCUUGGCACCUUUGUAGAGUUCCUGACUAAUGUUUUUUGACAAGUUGUCAAAUCUGUCACAUGUCGAGCUUGAUUAUUUCCAGACUGUGGACAUACAGAAAAGUCUUUUGUUAUUGCUUUGAAGUACAUCUGAAUUAUUUUUUAUCUAAAGUCAUUUUAACCUUCAGAAAGUAACAUGACAUGUUUUUGCUAACCUAGGAACAAAGAUUUGUUUGAGCCAAAGAGCAGCAUCUAAUGCUGUGUUCAACUGUAGAAUAAAGCCCGGUUCACACGGCAGGAAUUAAAAGUCAGGCUGAUUUUCAAAGAUGGAGAGACCACACACGUGGUGAUAAAAAAUCACAGAUUUACCCGUUUUGGUCAAACACCACACAAUACACACAAACCACUUUCACUUACGGACAUUCCACUCACAGACGUGAAAUCUCGUGAGAUAAAACGUAACUUUGAAGGAAACAAAUAUGGCGGAGGAGCAUGUAGCACGCUUCUGUUACCUAGCUUUCUGAUUGGCUAUUUGUCACAUUCAACAGGAAGCAUCUCCACUUGAAACAUUUGAUAUUUAAAAGCUCGGAUUUAUGAUCAGAGCGGCAUUGACGACCUUCCGAGUAGACUUAGCAGACCUAAUACACCACAAAAGGUAGGAUUAUCUGAAAAGAUUAUCUUUAGAGCCUUUUUAACUAAUUUUACACAUACUUAAGAUUGUUGGAAGGGGAGGAUCUGGUCAAAAAUCAACACGAUUAUCCUUCUAUGUGAACCAAACAUAGGAUGUUAGUUGCACAACUUAAACUGAAUGUGUACAAUGAGCUUGAUCUAAUGAACAGGUAAUUCAGCCAUUUAAUCACAUGUGUUUGAGCAUGGAUACACCUGGAACAUGCUGGAUUAGGGCCUGUAGUACCAUGGUUAAAUACAUACCACUGGUUUAGGUACAAUUUAAGUAAAUUAUUUUGACAGUUUAAAUUUAAACAUAGUGCAGUGCUCCUCUAUAAACACAAGUUAAAAAAUUUAGAUUACAAAAAUACCACCAUGUUUUUUUUAAACAUAAGUCUGAUUUUGUGUAUUGCAUGAAUUCUCACAUAUUUUAUUUAUUUGUAUUCUUUGUUUAAAAUACUGAAAUGUUUUUAUUUGGGAGGGUCUUAAAAUAAUUUACCACUGAAUUGUUUUUCGUGUAUUAUGGUGGGACCUUGAACUGAGUGUAGAAGAAAAACAGGUAUAAGUGGAAGUUGCACAGACUCAUUGUUUGCACAUUUAUCUCAUUACUUGCAAAGACGGUUCUUGAACUCUUCAUUAACUUCAUGGACACAGCAGAUAGUGGCUAGUAUGUUGUACACUCAGUGUUUGAGAAUGGUAUUAGUGGGAUUGCACUUUUCAAGCUAAUUAUCUUUGUACUGUACUGUUGCAUGCAUGUAGAGGGCAAGAACAGAAUGUGGGAAAAGGAAAGAAAUAAAAGAACUGACAAAAGGA